AUGCGCAGUGAGCUUUUAUUUGUGGGAUUUUUGACCGAAGAUGGCAUGUUAGAGGCAUCCUACAGUGGUACAUUCUACUCUUGCCCUAAUAAUUGUGGCAAGAGGUACAAACACAGGGCCAGUUUGAGCAAUCAUUACAGAUUCGAGUGCGGAUUAGCUCCUCAAUUCGUUUGCAAAUACUGCGACAAGAAGUGCGCCAGAAAGUACACUUUGAAGAGUCAUAUGCUGAGCGAAGAUGGCGAUACUGACAUGACCACUUCGUUUGCCGAUCUGCUGGAAGCGAAUCAAGAGAACGGAUUUCUAUGCCCGAAUCGCUGCGGUCGUCGAUAUAAGUAUUUGAAAAACGUAUAUUGGCAUUAUCAACACGAGUGCGGAAAGGAUAGAGCGUUGCUGUGCGACAUUUGCAAAAAGACAUUCACUCGAGUGGCUUCGCUCAACUUGCAUCCGUUUUAUUCUGAUCAUAAUGUUCCUCUUGUAAAUGCAUAUUCGAAUUGGUCGAAAAAACGUACGAAAAUGCGGCCAACAUCGCCCGGAGGUACUAGUUACCUUUGUCCAAAUCAUUGUGGUCGUAAAUACAAAUAUUAUCGCGAGCAGCAUUCCAAAGUGUUUGUUUGCCCGAAUGGUUGCGGUCGUCAGUACAAAUAUAAAGGUGGGCUUACAGAACAUUUGAAUUACGAAUGCGGACGUGAAAAGGAAUUCAAAUGUACCCAAUGUUCCAAAGCGUUUCAUCAAAAGAGAUAUUUAGAAAGACACCUUGGUCUUAAGCAUUCAAUAAUUGUGAAGUUGUGA